UCGCAUUCGCGAGCUAUGUAGUUUAGCUCUUACGUUCAAUAGUACGUAAAAUGCAACUCUGUAGUGAACCCACGUGCCCGAGUUAAUAUAAAAAUUGUAUAUUUACUUAUUCGUUUUACAGUCUUAUUGAGUAAAUUAUUUAAUAAAUUUUUAACAGUUCAUUAUUAAAGCUAUGGCUAAAGCAAAGAAAAACAAAAAAACAUUAGCAGAUCAAGUAUACUCGAAGAAAGCUAAUGGAUCUACAAAAUCAAACCCGUUUGCAACAGCAAUACCGGCAACAUCAAAUCGACUAAAUCCGUUCGAGGUCCAUGUAAACAAAGAAAAGUUCCAGAUUCUUGGACGCACUUGCAAACAUGAUAAAGGGUUGCCUGGUGUAUCACGCGCGAAAGCCGUUAGAAAACGCAAAGAAACACUUGCUGUUGAAUAUCAAAAUAAACACAAAACCAACAAAUUCCGUGAUCGCAGAAUAGGCAAAUUCCAAACGGGCGACGAAUUGAGUGAAGACGUUAUAAAUGCACGUUUCGUGUCAGCAAGAGUAGAGCAGUUAAAACAAAAUAAAGCGUCUAGAUUUAACUUAAAUGAUGAUGAUAUUUUAACUCAUCGCGGUCAAACACUGGAAGAAAUCGAGCAAUUCCGGGACGAAAGGUCGGACGAUGAAGAUUUGGAAGAUGAUAAACUAAAUGCUGAAUUCACGGAAGCUGCUCAUUUCGGCGGCGACCCAGAAUUGUCAAAGGAUCGUCAGUCUGCGAUAGAAGAUAUGAUAGCUGAACAAAAACGACGAAAAAUAGAAAUAGCUAAAGAGAAGGACGAAGUGCAUAAUUUAACAGAAAAAUUAGAUUCAAAUUAUAAAGAAUUACUUGGAUUGGUUGAUAAAUUAUCCAAAAAAGAGUUGCUGGAAAAGCCUAAACCGGAUGAUUAUGAUAAGGCUUUAAAGGAAAUGAUUUUUGAACCUAGGGGAGUAGUUACUGAUAAACUCUUGUCCGAAGAAGAAUUAGCUAAGCAGGAGAGAGAAAGAUUGGAAGAAUUGGAAAGGAACCGAUUAAAACGAAUGCAUGAAGACGGAGAAAAUGUCAAUGUUAAGACAAAGCAAAUAGAACAUCGUUCAGCCGAUGCCUUAGAUGAUGGCUAUUUUGGUUAUUCAGUUGAAGAAGAAGAUGAAACGCUGACAUAUACUCUAGAUGGUGAGCUGGGAACAACAUUGAAUGCAAAUACUGCCGAUGAAUUAGAGGAAGAAUCGAUCGAAGUCGACGAAAAUGAUGAAGCAGAAGGUGAAGAGGAUGAAGACCAGGAAGAGGAAUCAGAAGGUGAAGAUUCCUCGAAUGAUGGAGGGGAUGAUGACGAUAACUUGAGUGACUUGAAAGUAACUGACUCGGAAUCGGAAGAAGAACUUGAAAAAUGUUUGUUGUCCAAAGAAACCUUGCACGAUAAAGCUGUUGGAAAUAAAAAAGAAAAUGUAUCGAAUAUUAAAAUUGAUGCCGAUUUGCCAUAUACCAUGGAUAUUCCCGGUAAAUACGAAGAAUUCCAUAAAUUGCUAUAUAAACGCAAAGCCGAGGUACAAGGAAUAAUAAUUGAGCGUCUUAUAAAAUGUAACCAUCCAAAACUGGAUGGCAUCAACAACAAGGAGAAGAUUAGCAAAUUGUUCGCCUUUCUUUUGCAGUAUGUAAAUGAAUUAUUUGCGGACGCUACCCAAGACGAUAUACAAAGACAAUUUAAAAUAUUGGAUAUACUCAAUCCUCACAUGUACGAUCUAGUCCAAAUGAUACCAGAUAAAUUGUCAAAUAUUUUAUUAGACGUUAUCAAAGAAAAAUAUAGUAACUAUCUUAAAAAUAUUAAAUUGUUUCCUCCACUAGAAACUCUUAUAUUUUUUAAGCUUGUAUCGAAUUUCUGCAGUACAUCAGACUUUCGUCACACAGUAGUUACGCCCUGUUAUAUUUUUAUACAACAUAUCCUAUCGAAGGCGCGUCUAAGGACAAGACAGGAGAUAGCCGGUGGCUUGUUUUUGGUAACAAUUUGUUUUGAGUUUUCGAGGUUGUCAAAACGUUUUUUGCCAGCAGUGCUGAACUUUUUGCUCGGUAUUGUAUACCUGAAUAUACCAAAGCGACCUGUCGAAGUUUUGAAAAUUGUGCCACCAUUUCAGAGCACUGGACCCAUGAGCAAACUACUGGCCAUUGCUGACAUUGAGGAGAAGGAAAAAUUAAAAGAGGAGUUAUUAAAAUCAGAAGAUUUAGUUUUGACUACAUUUUCUGUUGACUUUAAAAUACGUGCUUUGAAUAUGACAUUGAAAUUGAUUAAAGAUAUUAUUUCAAAUCUCGAAGAAAAUAUUGGGUCGAACUAUUUUGCAACACCCUUUUUGGAAUUAUUUGAACGCCUACCUUUGGCUAUCUACCCCGAAUUUGUGCACACAAAUUUUAAAGCAGCAAAACUGAUAUUAGAAGGUGUAUCCAAGAAAAAAUUAACAAAAAUCGUACCGCCAGAAAAGAAACCUAAAGCGCUAAGAUUGCUUGAACCACGAAUUGAAGUAAUUUAUGAUGACAAACGUCGACCACGGUUAACAAAAGAUAAGGAGGAAAGAGUCAAGUUGGUACAUAAAUUGCGUCGUGAAACUAAGGGUGCUAUUAGGGAAAUACGAAGAGACACUGAAUUCUUGCAGAAGAUGCGUUUAGAUCAGCAAAUCCAAAGUGAUAUGGAGCGCAAGGAAAAGGUUAAACGCAUUUAUCAAGAAGCUUCGAUUCAACAAGGUGAACUUAAUGAGUUAGACCGUCUUAAGAAAAAAAAGAAGUUCUAGAGAUUAUAAACUUCAGUGGACAUAAUGCUAGGCUUUUUGUUAUUUAAUGUAGUUUAUAACCAUAAUUCAGUAAUUUUACAAUUGAGUUACGGUUUAUAAUUGUCAAAAUGAGGAGUAAGCUAUUAGAAAAUGGGAAACCCGUUUUAAAUAAGUGAAAUUUUUGUUUCUUACGAGUUUUAGAGAAAAUUAAAGGAUUAUCAUACUAUACUUAAACAAUCACAA